UUGAUGCAACACACACUGUUUCUGUGCGGUGAUUGGGAGAGUGAGGUCAUUGCUCAUUUGCCUAUCCCAGUUUCGGCACUGAUCUCGGCAGCCACUUACAGAGAGGGCUGCUUAAGAUAAAUCUCACGUGGCUUACAUACUAUGGGUUGUCUCAACCAGCUUCUGCUCAAGAGUAGACCCGUUGAAAUGAAUGGGUUAAUUUCGAGCAGAAGUUGACUACAGCCUCAUACAUUUAAAGGCCCGCCCCCUGCCCCAGAAUCCCAGGAACUGCAGUUUGCUAAGGGUGCUGAGAGUUGUAGCUCUCUGUGAGGGGUGAACUACAGUUCCCAGAAUUAUUUGGGAGGCAUGUGUUGUAAAUCUAUGUUAUGUGUACAGGGUUAUUGGUGGGGGAGGAGAUAUCCUUCUGCCAGCCUCUUCUCUCCCUCUGGGCUCUGUUUAGCCUUGGAGCUCUGUGUGUGUGUGUGUGUGUGUGUGUGUGUGUGUGUGUACGUACAUGUGUGGAAGGGGUACAUAGGAGCCCCCAAGGUCUAAUGCUGAAGUGAAUGAUGGGUCUGGCAUAUUCCGUUUGCAGAGUUUGCAUUGUUGGGCGGGGAGAGAGCAGAGCUUUUUGGCAGGCGAGGACCCUAUGAGGAACGGCUUAGGGAGCUGGGUAUGUUUAGCCUGGAGAAGAGAAGGUUAAGGGGUGAUAUGAUAGCCAUGUUCAAAUAUAUAAAAGGAUGUCAUAUAGAGGAGGGUGAAAGGUUGUUUUCUGCUGCUCCAGAGAAGCGGACACGGAGCAAUGGAUUCAAACUACAAGAAAGAAGAUUCCACCUAAAGAACUUCCUGACAACAGGGAAAAUGACCCCCUUCCCAACUGUGGCCCUCCUCCUCCUCCUCUUUGUGGUGGGCUACGGAUCGUCGGAGAAUUCCAGUACCUCCAGAGGGUGCGGCCUGGACCUUUUCCCUCAGUAUGUCUACCUGUGUGACCUGGAUGCCAUCUGGGGGAUCGUCGUGGAGGCGGUGGCCGGAGCUGGAGUCUUGACAACCCUGCUCCUCAUGCUGAUCUUGCUGGCAAGGUUGCCGUUCAUCAAGGAAAAAGAGAAGAAGAGCCCCCUGGGGGUCCACUUCCUCUUCCUCUUUGGGACCCUGGGACUCUUUGGGUUGGCCUUCGCCUUCAUUAUCCAGGAGGAUGAGACCAUCUGCUCGGUCCGCCGUUUCGCCUGGGGGGUCCUCUUUGCGCUCUGCUUCUCGUGUUUGCUUGUCCAAGCCUGGAGGCUACGGAAACUCGUCCGGCACGGCAAGAGCCCGUCCGGGUGGCAGCUGGCCGGCGUCGCCGUCUGCUUUGCGCUGGUCCAAGUCAUUAUCGCAGCGGAGUGGCUGAUACUGACGGUCGUGCGGGACGGGAAACAGGCCUGCCGUUAUGAGCCGAUGGAUUUCGCGAUGGCUUCCAUCUACGUCAUGUUUCUGAUGGUGCUGGCCCUGGGCUUUUCUUUCUUCACAGUGUGCGGGAAGUUUAAGAAAUGGAAGAAGAAUGGAGUGUGCCUCAUUCUAACCAGCUUUUUCUCAAUCCUCCUUUGGGUUGCUUGGCUGACUAUGUACCUGUAUGGUAAUAAUGAACUGAGGAGAAGAGACCAAUGGAGUGACCCCACUCUGGCAAUAGCACUGGUGUCUAGCGGUUGGGUCUUCGUGAUCUUCCAUGCUAUCCCGGAGGUUCAUUGCUCCAUCCUCCCAUCCCAGCAGGAAAACACACCUAAUUAUUUUGAUACUUCGCAACCGCGAAUGCGGGAGACUGCUUUUGAGGACGACCUGCAGCUUCCGCGGAGCUACAUGGAAAACAAAGCCUUUUCGAUGGAUGAGCAUAAUGCAGCUUUGCGGACUGCAGGAUUUCGCAACGGCAGCCUGGGUAGCCGUCCCGGCGCCCCCUUUAGAAGCAACGUCUACCAGCCCACUGAGAUGGCAGUUGUCCUGAAUGGUGGGACUAUUCCAACUGCUCCACCAAGUUACACUGGAAGACACCUUUGGUGAAAAAGCUUAUAAGCUGUAGAGGAUAUGAGAGAGACAGAGAGAGAUUUUAUUUCCUGGCAGUGUGUGUUGUUUUAUUUUUUUUCUGAAGGAAGAGUGAAUAGUCCUAGCACAGGACAUCAGCAGUGCGGGGGGGGGGACCCAUCCGAGGAGCAUGGAAGAUCCUAGACCUGAUAGCUUGUUGUUGUUUUAAAAAUAAAAAUAAAAAUGUGAGCGCCGUUUGAAUUGAUAAGCUAACCACAAAAGCAAAACCUCUGCAGUGAAAUAUAAGCUAAAAACUAAGUUUAAAAAUAGAUGUAGGCGCACUCUUCCAAAAAUAAAAACGGGAGAAAGGGGACACGGUGUUCAGAAAUGGCAAGGCAACUCUCUGCUGCAAUUGUUCGGUCAUCCAAGUUUUGAGAUGAAGAAGAUAGAACAAAAAAAGUCCUUAAUUCAGAUUGCCGCUGCGCUCAGCCCGGCAGGCUUUCUUACAACUUAACUGGCCAUCUUGGAAAGAUGAGAGUGGUCGUAGGGUCAAUAAAAUGAAAUAAAAUAAAAUCCAUUUAGAAUAGUGUUUCCUGAUCAUCCCGGGCCCUUUUUUAAGGUCAUUUCUCUCUCGAAAAUGAAGGAAAGUACCACUGUGUAUAUACUGGGUUUCUAAGGCGAGCUGUACAAGGGUGAGGAACCAAGUGUUGGCUGAUACAUGACGGCUGGCCUGCCACUCUCCCCCCCCCCCGGAAGCACCCUAGGAAGUUGCACAGCAACCUUCCUACGUAAAGGGGGCGGGGCUCUGUUUGCUCCACCUCUUUUGCACAUGGCCAUGUCGAAGGCGGCACUUGCUAACUUGCUAUUAAAUCGUGUUGUGCGGAAGGGGUGGGGAGAGAGAGGACAGGCCAAGGCGAUUGUAGCUCAUAAGUGUGUCCAAGAAGUGGAACCAGACACACACAGGCAAUCUAGGAAAGCUGAGGUGCCCCUUGGGCAGGGUUCACUGGAAAACAUUGGAUUCCCCCGUCACUCUCCUCCCAUCUCCAGUUUAGCACUGGAGUCUCAUUGAAGUCUCAAUGGGUUGUUCAUUUCCUUGUGUGCUUUUUUUAAUGGAGAAUUUUAUUCCUUUGUGUGUUUUCUAAUGGGAUUAUUUUCAUGUGGGGGUUGGGAACGAAGUGUGUUGUUGCUUCCCCACCCCCUUUCACCAGAGGGUCCCAUGUGCCUGCCUGCCUUUUCACAUUUUUAUGGUUUUAAGGAUGUUCGCUAGAGCAUCCCUUCAUUUGUUUAGCAUCGAACGCAUAUUGGGCAUGCAAACCGCCAUCACAUCCUCCAGUCAAGCAUUGUGCCCUGCUUUCCUACAGAAAAAAAGCAAUUGAGGUUUGCUUGUGUUGUUUAUUUUUUAAACACAAACAAACACACACACACAUUACAUGAAGUUGCAAAGUAUGCGGAAGGAUGGAAUUCUUUUGCAUCUGUUCUCAUAAAUAUAUUUCUAUUUUCAAAUGGCGAAUAUAAAUGAUAAUGUAACAAAAUAAAGACCACAUAACAGAGUAGCUUUGCAAGGCCGUAUCCUGCAAAGGAAAGAAGACAGGUUUUUUUUAUAAAAAAAUUUACUUUGGGAAAUGUCUCUGGUUUCUUUUACUCUAAUAUAAGCCUGAUCUUGUUAAUUUCGGCCUAGUUCUCAUUGAGGUCACCAACUCGUUGUUUGGGAAGUACUGUAGUACCGCUUCAGACUUAACAACAGGUUUUUAACAACAGUUUUCUGGCAAAGGGUAAAUGGUGGGUGGCCACAAAUCAGGAAUGUUGGAGGUGUUUGGAUUAGAUUAGCUGGUUUGGAUUCAAUGAUGUCUGGAGCACCCUUCCAAUGCUUGUAAGUAGCUGGAGGCUCAUUUGAUUGAAAACUCUUCUAUGCAAUGGACAUUCCUUGCCUGCAGAAAGCCAGCAAGUUGGGGAGAACUGUUCAAGCGAAACCCUGCCAUGCUACAUUUCUAUAUGCAGGGGUUUCUAUUCAUUUGUGAUUGGGAGAAUUCCACCCUAGAUCUGGCACUGCUCUUUGAUUCUCAGUUGGUGGUGUCAAGCAGAAGUAAUUUCCCUACACUCUGCCUGGUGUGCCAGCACCACCCGUUCUUGGAAAAGGUGGAAUCUGGCCAUGGUUACAUAGCAAGGCUGGAGUACUGUUCCACGCUGUCUGUGGGGCUGUCCUUGGAGAGCGAUCUAAAGGUGUCAGUGGUUCAAAACACAGCAGCUGUGGAAGCCAAUUUGAGGGGUCAUCAUCUUUUGCUCUAGUACCAGCUUGAAGCUUCUGGACAGCCAUUGGCAGGGAAAAAAGAUAAUCCCAGGUUGGGUGGCGGAAUGUAUUAAGCAUUUUCCUGUGUUAGAAUCUGGGCACAAUCCAUUCUGCUGCUUAUUACAUCUAAAGUCCAAUUAGGGUGAGGGCAGGAUGGGUGACUUCUAUGGCUGCAGGGGGCCAGAUCUUUAUGUCCCCACUCCUGUGAGCAGGGCCGUCUUAAGCACCCCUGGCGCCAUGGUGCGACGGAUCCCUCCGGCGCCCCAUUUUCCAGCGUGGCUGAGGGUGCUGCUGCGCAACGGGCAGGCGGGCUUAGUCGCAGCACGGCUGCUGAGGGCGCUGCUGAGCGGUGGAGCGGCCGACAGGCGGGCGGGCUCAGCUGUGCAGCGCCCCCCCUGGCGGGCCGGCGCCCACCCAGCCUGGCCGUAGGGCCAGCCCUGCCUGUGAGUCAACCCACCUGUCAGUCAUCAGACCUCAGAUGAUUGGCAGGUGGGUUUAUCCCACUCACCAAAAAAUUUCCAUUGUCACCACUGCUAAAAUGAAGCUUUCCCUCUCCUCCAUUUUAGCAGAAAUUUCAAUAGAAGCUACUUGGUACUAUUGGAGCAAGGUUCAUUCCCCUCGCCUGUCAACUCAAGGGCUGUGGGAACGUAGCUUGCUCCACAAAGGGAGCAAUCGGGAGCUCAUUUCAAGCUUCCGGUUGUUCCUGUGUAGUCAUGUAACUCAUCAGCUGUCCGCCAAGCAGCCAUGAUUCAUGAGGAACAGUCUCACAGGCAAAAUUAGCAACACUGUCAGGCCAAAUCUGACCUGUGGGCCAGAGGCUCCCAAUCUCUGGCUUAUGACCAAGACGUCUUAAGGCAAGGGUAGCUAAACACCAAGGAUGAUGGUAUUGUUAUGGUCCAGGAAGAGAAGGCCCUUAAACCUUACCUGAGCUCAUUUGUCCAAGGUUUGGAUGGUGGGACCAAAGGAAAGGGCCUUCUCCGUGGUAGCACCCAGACAACCUUUUGUUAAGUUUUGCCUCAUCCAUUCACUCAAGCUCUCCUGCUAUCAGGUGGAGAGACCUUUUUUUAUUUAGGAAAACAUUGGACUUUUAUGUUUUGAUUUCUCUCAGUCUUCCUGCUAUGUUGUUUUGUGGGGAGUGGGAAAUUGAUGCUGUUCUUGCUGUUGUAUUCAUGAUCUGAUUGUAUUAUUUUAAAGCCUCUUUUCUUUAUCGUCAUUGUUGUUUAAGAUCAUGUCAGCCACCUCGAGCUGCUCCCGUUGGAAGCGAAGGGAAAGGCAUAAAGCCCCAAAAUAAAGACUUGAAUUAAGAUGUUCUACCUGCAGUCUGAAAUAGUACCUUCACCUCAAUGAGAACUAGGCUUUAAAUGCCCAUGAGUAGCCUCAUUGACCCUGGCUGGUCUAUUUAGUAGCAAAAGGGGUACAAGAUCAGGAUUUAUGUGAUACACACUUAUAUAUUCUAAAAGAAAGUAUACAUUGCCAUUCUUGCCAUGAUUAUCUUAGCAAGCCUCCCCACCGCCCACCCCACCCUGGACUAGGUACGGUAAUAGCAAUAACUUUUUUGUUGUGCACAAACAGCUGCUUUAUGUGCUCUCAACAGAAAAGAACCACAAAUGGUGAAUGCAUUCAGAAAAUGUAUAAAUAUUAGUGUUGCAUUUUAUUGAGAUUUGAACAGUUUGGGUCUCAUUUUAUCACUAUAUAAAAUCUUAGCUGGUGCUUUCA